GAUUCUGAGUAAUAAUAAAAUAACAGAGUUGAAGAAUGGUUCCUUCACUGGAUUACACCUUCUUGAAAGAUUGGACCUUAAGAACAACCUUAUUAGUACUAUAGAUCCAGGAGCUUUUCUGGGGCUUUCAUCUCUGAAAAGACUAGACUUAACUAAUAACAGAAUAGGCUGCCUGAAUGCAGAUAUAUUUAGAGGACUUGUAAAUCUUAUUAGAUUGAAUCUUUCUGGAAAUCUGUUUUCUACACUUACACAGGGAACAUUUGAUCAUCUUAGCUCACUAAAGUCUCUAGAAUUUCAGACUGAUUAUCUUCUUUGUGAUUGCAACAUACUAUGGAUGCAUCAGUGGUUAAAAGAAAGAAAUAUAACUGUACGUGAAACUAAGUGUGCCUAUCCCAAGUCACUUCAGUCACAGACAGUGACUGGUGUUAAGCAGGAACUUCUAACUUGUGAACCGCCGCUUGAAUUACCGUCUUUCUAUAUGACUCCAUCUCACCGUCAGGUUGUAUUUGAAGGAGAUAGUCUACCUUUCCAAUGUAUGGCUUCGUAUAUUGAUCAAGACAUGCAAGUCUUGUGGUAUCAGGAUGGAAAGAUAGUGGAAACUGACGAGUCCCAGGGUAUUUUUGUUGAAAAAAACAUGAUUCAUAACUGCUCACUGAUUGCAAGUGCACUGACAAUCUCAAACAUUCAGGCUGGCUCCACAGGAAACUGGGGUUGCCAUGUACAAACCAGACGAGGGAAUAACACAAGGACAGUAGACAUUGUGGUGUUAGAAAGUUCUGCGCAGUACUGCCCUCCAGAAAGGGUUGUGAACAAUAAAGGGGAUUUCAGGUGGCCUAGAACAUUGGCAGGCAUCACAGCAUACCUGCUGUGUACACGUUAUUCUGCUGGCAGUGGGAUAUAUCCUGGCAACUCACAAGAUGAGAGAAGAGCCUGGCGCAGAUGCGACAGGGGAGGGUACUGGGCAGAGGAGGACUACUCCAGGUGCCAAUAUGCAAAUGAUGUGACUCGAGUUCUUUAUAUGUUCAAUCAGAUGCCGCUCAACCUUACUAAUGCAGUGGCAACAGCAAGACAGCUCUUGGCUUACACUGUUGAAGCAGCAAAUUUUUCCGAUAAGAUGGAUGUUAUUUUUGUGGCUGAAAUGAUAGAGAAAUUUGGAAGAUUUGCUGAAAAAUAUAAAGAGCUUGGUGACGUGAUGGUGGACAUAGCAAGUAACAUUAUGUUAGCUGAUGAACGUGUUCUGUGGAUGGCACAAAGGGAAGCCAAGGCUUGCACUAGAAUUGUACAGUGUCUACAGAAAAUUGCUAUGUAUCGGCUUGCAAAUGGAGCUCAAGUUUAUUCUACUUAUUCUCCAAAUAUUGCUCUUGAGGCUUACGUAAUAAAGGCUGCUGGUUUCGCUGGGAUGACAUGCACCGUAUUUCAGAAAGUGGCUACAUCGGACCGUACAGGACUCGGUGAUUAUGGCAGAAGAGAUCCAGAUGGAAAUCUAGAUAAACAAUUAAGCUUUAAGUGCAACGUUUCAAAUACACUGUCAAGUCUGGCUUUAAAGAACACAAUUGUAGAGGCUUCUAUCCAGUUGCCAGCUUCCCUUUUCACCCAAAAGCAAAAAAGAGAAAUCAGACCAGCAGAUGAAUCUGUCUGUAAGCUUCAGCUUAUUGCGUUUCGCAAUGGAAAGCUUUUUCCAGCAACAGGAAAUUCAACAAAUCUGGCUGACGAUGGGAAGCGUCGUACAGUUGUAACACCAGUUAUUCUUGCGAAGAUAGAUGGUUUAAAUCUAGCCAGUCACCACGUUCCUAUAAAUGUGACACUGCGGCGCAUUGCACAUGGAGCAGAUGCUGUUGCAGCUCAGUGGGACUUUGAUCUCCUGAACGGACAAGGGGGAUGGAAAUCUGAUGGUUGUCGCAUUCUUCUGUCCGAUGAAAAUAUUACUACCAUUCAGUGCUACUCCCUCAGCAACUAUGCAGUUUUGAUGGACUUGACAGGAGCUGAAUUAUAUACACAGUCAGCUGAUCUUCUGCAUCCAGUAAUUUAUGCCACUGCCAUGGUUUUGCUAGUGUGCCUGUUGAUGAUCAUAGUCAGUUACAUAUACCAUCACAGUGUGAUCAGGAUCAGUGUAAAAAGCUGGCAUAUGCUAGUUAACCUGAGCUUUCAUAUUUUCCUGACGUGUGUGAUGUUUAUUGGAGGCAUAACGCAGACCAGGAAUGCGACCAUCUGUAAUUCAGUUGCAGUGUUUCA